UGCCAACCGAGGAAUAUAGCGCGCGCCGCUGACUGGGGAGAAAAAAGGGGAGAACGAGAAGGGGGGGAAACCCUGACAGAAGAAAAUACAAGAGAUACAUUCACUUAAAGUGGAGGAUACAGGACGAGAGAGGCAUCCCGGUUUCCUGCAGGGGGGAAGAAGAAGACAAGGAGCUGCUAUGAUUCUCUCCCUGGCCGCCGCAGCAGCCAUGAGUAGCGGCAGCGGCAGCAGCCUCAACUCCUCCUCCCCCCUCGACCCCUUCGACUCCUCCACCUCCUGGAGCCUGGCCGAGGACCCCUCCAACUCCUCCUCUGAGCCCGUCGUUCGAACUCUGACCCCUGACCUCCAGCCAGCGACCACUGCCGUCGCCGUCCAGGAAGUCAGCCCCUGGGAUAUCGCGCUUUGCGUGACCGGGACGCUCAUCUCCUGCGAGAACGCCCUGGUGAUCGCCGUGCUGUUCUACACGCCCACGCUCCGGGCUCCCAUGUUCAUCUUGAUUGGAUCGCUGGCGGUGGCAGACCUCCUCGCCGGCCUGGGCCUCAUCUUGAACUUUGUCUUCACCUAUCUGGUCGACAGCUCGGUGGAGUUUGUGACGCUGCUGUCGGUCGGACUGCUCAUCUCGGCCUUCUCGGCGUCCGUCCUCAACAUUCUCGCCAUCACAGUGGACCGAUACCUGUCGCUGUACAACGCCCUGACCUACCACACUGAGCGGACAGUCACCUUCACCUACGUGAUGGUGGUUUUCAUCUGGGUGUCGUGCCUCACGCUCGGCCUGCUGCCGGCGCUCGGCUGGAACUGCUUGAAAGACGAGUCCACGUGCAGCAUCUGCCGGCCUGUCACCAAAAACAACGCGGUGGCGCUCGCCGUCACCUUCCUCCUGGUCUUCGCCCUGAUGAUGCAGCUCUACCUUCAAAUUUGCAAGAUUGCCUUUCGCCACGCGCAGCAGAUCGCAGUGCAGCACCAGUUUGUGGCCAUCUCCACCACCAAAGGUGUCUCCACGCUGUCGGCCAUCCUGUGUGCCUUCGGGGCGUGCUGGCUGCCGUUUGCCAUGUACUCCAUCGUGGCUGACUCCAGUUACCCUGUAAUAUACACCUACGCCACGGUCCUCCCGGCCACCUGCUGCUCUGUGAUCAACCCCAUCAUCUAUGCGUUUCGAAACCCGGACAUUCAGAAGUCGCUGUGGAUGGCCUGUUGCGGGUGCGUCCCAUCCAACCUCUCUCUCAGACCCAGGACCUCCAGCGAUGUGUAGCAGGGAAGGUUGGUUUCCGUUUGGCAUGACGCUAGAAACCGAGUCAGGGUUGCAGGAGGGAGAGGAUGGGACGGGAAACAAGAGGCGGAGGGGAGAAAGGUUGAAGGUUAGGGCCCAGGGAAGAGAUUUCCUCUACUCCUCAUAUCAGGGCUGGUAGGGCUGACGGCGAGCGCACGUCUGGCCACGGUAAAAGUGGCGAGGGGCGCAGGGAGAGAAGGGAGGACAGUGCAUGGUCGACAAAAAAAUAGAGCUAACAAAGAUCAUGUCCUGUCUGUGGCUAGGGGAGAACCGAGGUGGCGGCGUGAAACCAACUGCAAAAGAACGAUGAAGGUAUCCUCGUGGUGGUUGUGGGAGUUGCAGGAGGCGUGUCGGGCGACUGACCUCCUUUAGGGCGCGAGAAGUGAGGCCUGCUUCUCGAGAGUAGCAUUCACACGAAGGUGGGAUUUAGGAGGAAAUGACCUAAAUCCCCAUAGGACCUGAGCUUGGGCAGCACUGCAUGGUUAUGCAAUCAGAAGGGGCGAAGCAGUCUUAAGAUACUGUAUGUGUUUUCACCGAUGUGUUUUGAAAUUAAGUGGUGUGUGGAUAAAAAAAUACAAUGAGCUAAAUAUACACGAUGAAUGACCUUGAGUAUUCUCAAUGAGCUAAUUUUGCAGUCUUCUGAUAGGAACAAGAAUAUUUCCUCCCUUGCAACAUAUUUUAACAUCUGUGUUCCCUUGAUCUGAUGCAAAUUAAGUAAUUAACGAGUUUGUAUACAGAGAGUGCAGGAAUGAUUAACUUGAUGCUAUGUGUGAUCAACAACAGUAGUCUACCAAGCCCAUUAUGAGUUUUCCCAACGCCAACAGCACAGUUCACAAAAAAAAUGAAACAAAACUGGAGAAAAAUGUGUCACAAUUGCAAGAAGAAACAACCGCUAAUCACACGCCAUCCCUCCUCAAACAUUCAAAUCCAAAACGAAAUCUAAUCUACCAGGCUCCUAAUGCAUAGAUAACCCCCGCCAGUUUGCAAAACCUAGAGAGGGAUUUCCAUAUUUAGGCCGGCGUGUGUUGUCCUUGGCGUGAUGAAAUCAAAUCUGCUCCCCCGUCGGAGAGAAAAAAAAAAGAGAGAGUUUCUCAGCCAGCCCCUGCGCCGUGACUGUGAAGCAGAGAGAGCUGAAUUCAGCACCAAGGACAGCGCCACUGCAGAGCGCUGCCACCCUGGGAAUGCUCUCUGCUGCGGGGGGAGAGAGCGCUGGAAAGUAGGCUACGCUGUUCUCUACACCAUCUUGAUAGGGAGUGUGAGACAGGCUUUACAGGCCCAUUUCAGCCUGAUUGGAGUCUAUUUUGCUCAUUUCUGAGCCAUUCAGUGUUUUGUUAUGCAUACACGACGGCUGGAGGUAUUUUAAAAUCCUUUUUGUUGUAACUUUCAGGGUCAUUUGGCCUCAUUUAGAGCAAAAAAGAGGCAAAAACAAGACAACUAUUAGAUGUCUAAUUUGGCCAGAAAAGAUGGGUAGUGUUUUAUUUAUGAAAUGCUGCAUUAAAAUAACAAAAAACAAAACAUUUUGAAACUACUUCUAGUUUCUGCUUGUAAGCAAGACCACCUGGGGCAAAUUCUGGUUUUCCUCUUCCCCACAAUUAAUUCUUCAAAGAGUAGCUUGCUCUCUGCCAGAGGAGCAGAGCUCAAUCAAGUCAUUAUAAAAAGCAAAAGAUGGUUUUACCAGUCGUACAUGUGAAAUGAAACGGUAAGGCUUCUUUGUUGCAGAGUGAACAGCAACAGUAUGAUAUAAAAAAUGACUCCAAACAUGCUCAGAUGGUCCUUAAACCUCCGUUAGCGCGUCUAUGACCCUGUCCUUUCUCUCCUCUGAUGUCUUACCUCUCUCGCAUCUCAGCAGUACAAAUUAUGCAUGAGGAGAGCAAUGUAUGGCCCCGCGAGCAUCGGUAAAACAUGCCCUGCGACGCGGGCAAGGUGAAAGCAGCUGAUGUGGGACCUCGACGCUUAUCUGCAUCCGCAUGACGCCGGGUCAGCCACGCGGCUUUGAAUUUAGAGACAGCAUUCAAACUCCAUUGCCCGAUUGAUUAUCCAUUAGUGAGAGCUGAGCACAAUCCAUACUGAACAGGUCAUUUUUCAUCCAGGCAGCGUUGGGUGGCUUUGUCCAACUUAUACUUGGAUAUUGCCAUUGUUCUGCAAAAGAAACUAGACUGAAUGGUUUUUACAUUAAGGCAUAAAAAUACAUUUGGAAAUGGAAAAAAAAUUCCUCUACACCUUCCAUUUUCACUCCCCUACUUGCAGCCUGUCAGCACUAGCUGGAUGUUCACUGCACACACACACAUAACACACUCUCAUCCCGCCUUGAAGAAACAGCGCAGCUCUGCCCCGGGGCCCCUCUGAAGGCUCGGCGGGUUAAUGAGAAGCGAGAGAGGCGAGGUGACGCGGCGUGAAAUAGAAACGCCAGGCGAGAUGCGCUUUAACGCAACCUCGGGUCACGUCCACCACACACCCAAUCAGGAUGUAGUUAUUCCCCCACUGAAAGGGCAUCAUGUUCUUAAAUCCAGCUAAUGUUAAUAACAUCUCGGUAAUAAUGGCACUGAGAAUUGGCCUAAUGUACAGAGGACGUAGUGAACACUGUGAGGAUGAGCUAGAGAGGGGAUUUAUUGCCAACCUCUAUCUGCAUUUAAAUGAUCUACGGAGAUAGUUUUCACUCUGCUGUUCCUCUGCACAACCUCAGAGAGAGUACCGUGACUAAGCUAUUGGCAUGCUGCUAAUAUACAUGUGUGGGAGGUGUACUGGCUUUGGGAAAACAGUUAAUGGAAAGUGUUUGGGCUGUUUCAAACUAUAAAACUAAAAAACAUACAGUAGAGUGUUUCUGUCAUGACAGGGAGUCACUUCCAAAUUCAACGCUUUCUACCAAAUAAACCACAGGAACAGAUGACAGCAAAGAACACAUAAACACACUGAAACUUUGAAAAAUGGCGCACAUGAGAAACAGGUAUUAAGAUCCUAAUUUUUUCUAUAGUGUAAAUUGAAACAUAGAGUAGAAGUGUUUUCUAUUUUUCUUGGCAGCAGCAAACAAUCAGUUGUUUUUGCAGCAGUUGUUAGCAGAACAACAGCUACACUUCUCUCUGUCAACGGUUUUGUUUGAAAAGACAGAAUCUCUUGUGUCUUUCGUUUUUUUUUUUAAAUGUUACUUUAGUUUUGGCCUUAUUGGAACAAAAAAAACUCUUUCGCAAUAAUUUCCAACUGUAUUUUGCUGUGUACAAAAAGCCACAAUGAAGAAAAAGAGAGAGUGACAGACAGAGGUGGUCGGCUCUGAAUGAUUCGCAGAAUUACCCCAUCUAAAUGUUUCAAAACAACAAAUAGCACAUUGUACUGCAUAUGAAAGAAACGUGGCUGGGCUGGCUGGGGAUUUCCAAGAUGCAUUUGAGCCGUAGUGAAUCAUGGAAGUAGGGCAAACCUAAAUAUGAAGCAAAUGCUCCAUUUCCAUUUAUAGGCGUCUCGCAGACCUGUAUCUUGCAGUAUUCCAUGUUUUUUCUCUCUAAAAUUAGCUUUAUUUACAAUUAACAGUCAUUUCCUUACUGUUAGAUGACUCGUUUAAGGAUUUAAAAGUAAAAAAACAAAAAAAGCAAUGGUUAUCUGAAGGUUAAAGGGUCACACCAGUUAAAAAAGUUUGACCACCUCCCUCUCUCAUUCUCUCUUUUUGCUCAAUCACUGCAUUGAUGGAACUGUCUACUGGUAAAAGACUUGCAUCAAUUAUUAAGUGAAAUACUUUCAAUUACUCUGAAGAUGGAAGCAGGAAAUGAACGGAGUUCGGUACUUUUUGGCAGGCUUGGUGAACUGCAGAACUGUGUGUGUGUGUUUGGGGGGGGGAGUGACUCACCAGCGGUGCUGGGCAAAAAUAAUCGAUCCCAGAGAGUUAAUUGAAUCCAUUUCACACAGGAAACUGAUGCAGAUCCUGUUGGCGCACAGUCCUCCUGUAUGCACAAUGACGUGUGAGACUUGCUUAGUCACCUGUGUUUGGAGAUGCUAGAUGGGACACACAGAAGAAAUACAUCAUAUCCGGCACAGUUUCUCACAGACAACCACUGAUACCAGUGUUUUUACUCUAAAAGAAAGAAAUUUAAUACUGACGGAAGAUCUGUGCUAGCAUGGCUAAAGCUAACAUACUGUAUGUGGCUUUCAAAGCUCACUUUCUGCUUUUGUUACUGUAGCUUCUGUAUGUGCCACAUAUUAGCAUAUUAACAGUACAAAUUGUAAAAAAAAAAAAAAAAACAAUGUCACAGGAAGUCACCAGCUUUAUGUUUUCUGAAACUGUCUCGACUCCUUUUACGUCACCAAACUUAUUUUGCAGAAAACACAGUUGAACUCAAGUUUCUGUUGUGAACAGAGCUUUAAAGGUGCUAUAUGUAAGUUUUUGCUGUUGCUACAUGGCUAAUGUUAGCAUUAGCAGCGGGUAACUUGCAAAGAGUUUCAGCCACCGUUGCGUUUACAAGACGAGAGGUGACAGUGACUCCUUAUCUCAGAGAUGGGACGGGACGGAGCUAGCUGGUUAGCAUGCUAAUUUCAGCAGAGUUCCUUCUAGACUAGUAUCUAGACUAACAUCUGUAAAUGCUAACACUGGCGACAUAGCGAUAGCAAAAACAGCACCUUUAAGAUGUAGUCAGUGGAUAAUAUAAUCCUCUGUGGGUGGAGACAUUUGGUGAUUUCAAAGCCUCCCUCUUUCUGGACAUUUUGGAAAUAAAAUGAUUUCACCUUUGCACAUUCACACAGCUUUUUUAAGGGGAGUUUUUUUUUUUUUUUUGGUUUGUCCUUUGACAGUAAAAUGUCAGCCAUGUGGCAUUUCACCUGCGUAAAACAGACUCAGAAUGGUUAUUUGAUCCAAGUCUGCAGGGAAUCACGAACCCUACAGCGAAACCACAAUUCACGACCGAAAUGUUUAAUCCAGCAUCGCUCAGCUGGAACCAGAGUGACUGAACAGCUGAUAUAAAGUCAAUAACUAUAACUAUAGCAACAUCACACAGCUGUAUUUGAAGUCAUAGUCUCUGACGGUCCCAUCUGGCAUGUCCAUCUAGUGGUUGUUUUAUCAAUUAAUAACACUCAUCUGUGAAUAUGCCACUACUCAGUCAACCAUUCCUGGGGCAGGAGUGGAGUGACCACUCACUGUGUGUGUGUGUGUGUGUGUGUGUGUGUGUGUGUGUUCCCCCCCCUGGGAUCAUAGCCAAUUGUAAUGAACCAUAAGUCAACCAAGUCUCACUGUAAAACACACACACACACACAGAAUGGUUUUCGUCAGCCGCUAUACAGGACUAUAAUUCAACUUUAAAAAAAACAAAAAAACAAAAGAAAAGACAUACUGUACAAGUGAGUGUGUGUGUUAUUUUUCUUAUGCAAUGCUGUACAGAAAUGUAUAUUUUUGUAAUGUUCAUCAGGGCAUGAGUUACAGGACAUGGUCGCUGCUGUGAGCGUGAGUUUGUUGUGUGUGUGUGUGUGUGUGUGUUUCUUCCUCUUCUUCUGUGUUCUUCCUAUAAACAAAUGUCAAAAGUUUCUUUGGGGGGAAAAAAAGUUGUGUGUUGGAUAUGCUGAAAAAGUGCCAUAUUUUUCGACUUUAUAGUGUCUUAUUUUUUUUAAUUUCUAUUUGUGUACAUACACGUUUAUCAGAGGGAAUCUGGAGUUGUCCGAGUCAGUAAAUCUGUAAACAACAACAACAACAAACUGGUCAGAACAGCAGCAGGAUUAAGAAAGAAAGGAAAAGCUUAACCUUGAUAUUAUUGAUCGCUACACUGAGCAAACAAGAGAAAAAAUGACAGGCAGCAAUCAGUUCACUUCUCCAAACUCUAUAUUUUUUUAGCUGUAGCUUCAGACUUUUAUUUUUUAAAGCCGCAGCCGCAGGAGAGAUGAUAUCAGUGUUUCUGUAAAACGUCUUCUUGACUUGAAUUCUCUCUGAACUGGUUUUCCAUAAAAACAGACAUGCACUAAACGUCACAGAGAGAGAGAGAGAGGGGGAGAUGGGGGAGGUUGGAGAUGUUGCGUGAGCAGCGUUGAACGUCACAGAGUCAGGUUUCCAGUGACGUCAUUUUGUCUGAGUCGUGUCUAAGAGAGCAGGUCGUUUCAAAGACAUCCCCCUCUCUCUUCCUUUAACAAAAAAACCGUCCCCCUCACUUUUUCCGCCCCUGCAUCCUCUCAAAUAAAACCCCCUCUUUCUCUCCCUCGUCGUUGUCAGACGUCUCCUUCUUGUCUCCCCUUUCUUUUUCAUCACCUCAUGCCUUCGCCUCUUCGUCAUCCUCUCCCCUCUUUGUCGUUUUAAACUCCACCUUCUCUCCUGGUUCAGUUCCCCCCCUCCUCUUUCUUUCAGUCAGUCUUUACAUCACCUCCAACACCUUCAUCUCCUAUAUCUCUUUUUUCCUCUCCUCCCUCCCUCCCUCCCUCCCCCCGUCUCUUUCUCUUGUCCAACAUUUUGCUAUCCUUGGCCCGCAGGAAGCUAGUCGGUCAGGCUCCGUCUAAAAAUAGUCACCCUGAAAGCAGAUAAAAAAAGAAUGAAAGAAGAAAAGAAAGGGAGGGGAGGUAGUAAAAGAGGUAGAAAUCAACUCUCCCUCCCUGAGCGCAAACCUUCGCUAGACAGAAACAUCCGCCCGUCCUCUUCUUCUUCCUCUUUCUUUCCCUGUUAAGUUUUUUCCCCUCUUCCCUGCCCUCCUGUCUCAUCUCCUUUACACAAGCGCACAUUCAUCUUUAUCUAUUUUUAUACCUCUAUCCUUAUCCUUCCUUUUCACUCCCUCUCUUUUUUUUGUCUCCUUCUGAGCACAAGCAGUUACACAAAGCUUUUUAAACAUUUUUUUUCUUUAAAGCAGGGUUCAGGGCGAGUGCCCACAGCAAAUAAGCAGGACGUUUUCCCUCUGUAACCUACAACCUGGCAACACUUCAGGCGAGCAGAGAUUGUCAAUCAAAAAAAAAAAAAAAGAACCAUAACAGAGCUAAUUUUGUAUGGGACCGAGUAUGGCCUUCAUAGUUGUUUUAUGCAUUGAUGUUGUUGGUCUGGAUGAGGAGGCAGCACGAGUGCACGAGCAUCACCGGUUUUAAAUCCUCAAGGUGAGGGUGUUAUUGGGUAAUGAUACUGUGAUGUCAGAGACCUAAUACGGUGUCCUUGAAUCAUGUUUUUUAUUUUUAUUCUUAAUUAUUAUUGCUAUAUUUUCUUUCAUUUUCCCUCUUCAGUUAAGUGUCGUGAAACAGUUACGAUUAAAAAGUACAAAUGCACUUUAUAAGAUGGAGAUGUUACACAUUGCACUUGUAAAUGUCGAAUGUAAAACCUUGAAGAGAAAGAUUUAUUUUUACUAUUGUAAAUAAAUGAGAAGAGAAAGAAAAAAAAGACUGCAAAAAAAAAAAGUGGAGAAUAAUUUGCCAAAUAAACUGAGAACAACAAAAAGGA